AUGGAUAGAAAUCCACUCCAGAAGAGACGAAAGAUGUUUGAUAACAAUAAAAAGAAAGUGUAUGAUAGUAUGAGACUAAAUUACUUGGUUUGGGUACUUGUGUUGGAGCCAAAUACGUGUUUAAGGGGUCAAGUCAGAUGCAUUGUCCAAAUGUUAAGGCACAAUAAGUCAACAGAAGAAAUGUUGACUCGGAUGCCAGCAAGAGCUACUAUUGACAUCAAACAAUCAUUGAUGAUCUUCAGAAUACCUGGGAAUCAAUUCUGGAAAACUGCUGCAUCAAGUGAUGGAGGAUCACUUGAAGCACUUGAGGAAAUAUUACAUGAGCAAUCCGUGAGGGUGGAAACACAAUCUGCAAAGAUUCUGGAUCAAUCAAGAAAGAUUAAUGAUAUGCUAGUUGUGAUGAUGGAGAUGAAGAAUCAAUGGAAGGAUUCAACUGCUACAGGUUCUAAGAGUGGAGGUAAUCACGAAAUUAACUCAUCACAGAAAUCUUUAGGAUAUAAUCCAAAGUUGUCAUUUCCUAAAUUUGAUGGCACUAAUUGCAGAAUUUGGAUUAGGAAAUGUAGCAAGUAUUUUAGCUUGUGUAAAAUUGCUGAUGAUCAAAAAGUUUAUUUGGCUUCUUUAAACAUGGUUGAUAAGGCUGAGAGUUGGGUCAGUAGCUAUUUGUCUGCUAGGGGUAAUGUGGAAUGGCAUGAAUUUUGUCUUGACUUGGCUGCUAGAUUUAAAGAUACUAGAGGUACCAAUUCUGUAGAGAAGUUUAACAAGAUGACACAAACUGAUUCAAUUGAGACCUAUCUAGAUGAGUUUGAAGACUUGAAAUCUGGUGUACUUAAGACCCAUCAUAACUUGCCUGAAGAAUUUAUAUUAGACAACUUUAUUGGGGGUCUUGAUCCUGUGGUUAAACCCUUCGUGAAAGCUUUCAAACCCAAUACCAUAGCUGAAGCUGUGGAGUUUGCAAGACUUCAAGAAGAACAGAACUUAGCUACAACCUGUAAACCAACCAAAACACACUCAUAUUCACAAAAUUUCAAAGCUAUACAAGCUGUUCCUUUGAACACCAGUAAACCAGCCUUGUUUCCCACACCAUCUACAAAACCUAUGCCAUUACCUGUUACCAAAUUUCACAACAAACCCAACAGAAACUUUAGGCAUGUGCCAGCUGAUGUGAGAGCUGAGAAAAUAGCCAAAGGCCUUUGUUAUUACUGUGAUCAACACUAUGAUAGGAAUCACAAGUGUCGAUUCAAGGAACCCCAGUUGUUUACUGUGGAAAUUGCUGGCAGUAAUGAAGAUAAAACUGAUAGUACUAGUGAUUUGGAAGCUAAUACAGAUGAAGAUGAUGAAGUAAAUGAACCAGUGUUGUCACUUAAUGCAUUGUCCGGCAACCAGAACUUUCAAACUAUGAGAGUUAAGGGAUUGAAGGGGUCUAAAGUAUUUCAUAUCUUAGUGGAUUCAAGAAGUACUCACAACUUCUUGGAUUUGGAUUUAGGUAGGAAAAUGGGAUGUUCAAUUGAAAGCAUUCCUGCUCAAUAUGUUACAGUGGCUGAUGGUAAUCACCUCAAAUGUCAACAUGUCUGUAAAGGGGUUAAAUGGGAAAUGCAAGGUAAAAUGUUAAUGGAAGAUGUUAUGUUGAUUUGUCUAGGAGAUUGUGACAUGGUUUUGGGGGUACAAUGGUUAGCCACAUUGGGGCCUAUAUGUUGGGAUUUCAAAGAAUUAAAAAUGGUGUUUACUCAAGGGGGUGAUCAGUUUGUGUUGAAGGGGGUCCAUCCACAGAAAGUCAAGUUGUUAGAAGGUCCACCUACUGUGAAACUCAUAGAGAAUGCAGUUCAACUGUGUUUGCUACAAGUCAGCUGGGAUGUGUCCUUUCAAGAGAUAAGAGUGAAUAAUGCAUUGGCUGCACCAGUGGGUGUUUUUGAUCAUACCAUUCCCCUUGAACCAAAUGCAAGACCAGUAAAUAUAAGACCAUAUAGGUAUCCACUCAAACAAAGGGAUAUAAUUGAGCAAUUGGUCCAAGAAAUGCUGGACAGGGGUAUCAUUCAUAACAGUUCAAGUCCCUUUGCAUCCCCUGUGGUUCUGCUAAUUGAUGAACUAGCAGGUGCUACUGUGUUUAGCAAGUUAGACUUAAGGGCUAGUUAUCAUCAAUUAAGAGUGCAUGAUGAUGAUGUACACAAAACUGCUUUUAAACCCAUUCUGGCCAUUUUGAAUUCCUUCAAAACCAUGGAAGAUCAUUGGCAACAUCUAACUCAAGUGUUUGAACUCAUGAGGCAGAAUAUGAUGUUUGCCAAGGGCAGCAAGUGCAGCUUUGCUAUGGAAAGAGUGGAGUAUUUAGGCCAUUAUAUUUUAGCUAAAGGAGUUGGAACUGAUCCACACAAAAUAUCUGCAGUGGACAGUUGGCCAAUCCCAUCUAGUGUAAAGGAGUUAAGAAGCUUUUUGGGCUUAGCAGGAUAUUACAGGAAUCCUAACUUAUCUAAGGUUUUUGUUGUUGAGACUGAUGCCUCAUGUAAGGGUAUUGGUGCAGUUUUGAUGCAAGAUAAUCAUCCAUUAGCAUAUAUCAGCAGGACAUUGGGUCCCAAAUGGCAAAAGCUUUCUGUUUAUGAGAAAGAGUUGUUGGCAAUAGUUUUUGCAGUUCAAAAGUGGGAGCAGUAUUUGAUGAGCACUCAUUUUGUGAUUAAAACUGAUCAAAAGAGCUUGAAAUGGCUUUUACAGCAGAAGUACAAGAGUGGUAAAGAGAAUGUAGCUGCAGAUGCUUUGUCUAGGGUUCAAGGGUCAUCAAUUCUGUGUAUGGCAAUUUCAGUGGUUAAUUCGGAUUUGAAUGAAUUGAUCAAGGCAAUCUAUUCACUGGAUGACAGUUUAAUUGCAACCCUUGCAUCACUCCAGCAACCUCAUACAUUGACAGUGGAUAAUUUUACCUUAGUGGAUGGGUUGUUGAGAAGAAAACACAAGCUGGUGGUGGGUCCAGACAUUAAUUUAAGAACUAAAAUCAACACUUGGUUGCAUUCAGAACCUGAGAGUGGACAUUCUGGCAGGGAUUUGACUUUGAGAAGGGUCAAGAAUCUGUUCUAUUGGAAAGGACUAACAAAAGAUGUGAGGCAAUUUGUUAAGUCCUGUAAAGUUUGUCAAACAGCAAAGUAUGACACAUCUGCAUACCCAGGUUUACUGCAACCUUUACCUAUCCCUGAAGCUGUUUGGGUUGAUAUUUCUAUGGAUUUUAUCACUGGGUUGCCUAAAUCAGGAGGAAAAGAAGUCAUUUUUGUUGUAGUGGACAUAUUAAGCAAAUACAGCCAUUUCAUGUCUCUCUCACCCUUUCACUGCAGUCCAAGUGGCUCAAUCUUACUUAGAUCAUGUGUUCAAGUUGCAUGGUUGGCCUAG